GCGACCCAACGUCCGCCGGAAGUGCGCGCAGAGGCUCCAGGGAACCGGCGGCCGCGGCGUCUGGUAUCCGGAGCUUCUAGAACUGGGUGGUGCUGCUCCACGCUGGAGUCGCCGCGCCGCCGCGACCAUGGUGUUCUACUUCACCAGCAGCGUUAACUCAUCUGCUUACACUAUUUACAUGGGAAAGGAUAAAUAUGAAAAUGAGGAUCUAAUAAAGUAUGGCUGGCCUGAAGAUAUUUGGUUUCAUGUGGACAAACUCUCUUCGGCUCAUGUAUACCUUCGAUUACAUAAGGGGGAGAACAUAGAAGACAUUCCAAAGGACGUAUUGAUGGACUGUGCCCAACUUGUGAAGGCCAAUAGCAUUCAAGGCUGCAAGAUGAACAACGUUAAUGUGGUAUAUACACCGUGGUCUAACCUGAAGAAAACAGCUGACAUGGACGUGGGACAGAUAGGCUUUCACAGGCAGAAGGAUGUGAAAAUUGUGACAGUGGAAAAGAAAGUAAAUGAGAUCUUGAACCGAUUAGAAAAGACCAAAACGGAGCGGUUCCCAGACCUAGCAGCAGAGAAGGAAUGCAGAGACCGGGAGGAAAGGAAUGAGAAAAAAGCCCAAAUUCAGGAAAUGAAAAGGAGAGAAAAGGAAGAGAUGAAGAAGAAGAGGGAAAUGGACGAACUUAGGAGCUAUUCAUCACUAAUGAAAGCUGAGAAUAUGUCUUCAAAUCAGGACGGCAAUGAUUCAGAUGAAUUCAUGUGAAUGGAGAGAUGGACCUUUUAAAGAUGUGAAUUUAGGGACAGUUGCAGAUGUUUUGAUGUCAUCCAUGUUCUGAGUUAUGAAAAACAAACAACCUCAGUCUAUACAAAUAUCAACUUGGGAAUUUUUUUUAAAAGGUGUUCCUUUUUUUGCUGACAGAAAAGGAUCAGAUAUGUACAUAUAUAUAUAUCAGAUAUAGUUGGACUUGAAGACAGUGUAUAACUUCAGGAAAAUGAAAAUAUUUGUGCCCGAACAUGUCUUGGUAGCUCACGAAAGUUGGCUGCCCUUUUUCUUGGGAUAGACUUUAGAACGAACCAACUCUGAAAAGUAUUUCUGGUACUGUGGUUAAUCCCUGGAAACAGAUGUCUUGAAAAGCUUUUUAUAUUCUUAAAAUAGCUUCACUUCUAUUAAGGAGAAUGUAUUGGUGAGCAAUAUAUAGGAAUGUUCCUCUCACCGUCGAAUUCCUGAUUAGAAAAAGAUGAUACUGAGUUUUGAAGAUGAUAGUGAUAUUUUCAUUCAUGUUCCAUUGUGUUGUCUGCGUCAAAUAGCAGAGUUGUCCUCAGCAAUCAGCUUGCCCUAGCUUCUACUUUCUGCAUCCUCAUUGUCUGAGUGAGGGCCUCCUUCUAGGUACCAUCAGACUUAAAGAAAUAUUUGGUGUUAAUCCAGGUUGGCCUUGUGUGGCAGUUUUUACCUGAGCACCAAGUAACCCAGGCCUCAGAGAUUACAGCUUCCAGGCCCUGGAGUCAUGUCUCAGAAAUCUAAGGGAGGCUCUAUGAAUCGAUGUAGGUUACCUGAUUUUUGUCUUGGAAUACAGCAUAAAGCAAAAGUCCAUGUUGUAAUUAUGUUUUUAAAAAGAAUUAAGCAUUUCACUAGCCAGCCAAGUAAUUUGCUUAUUUACCCUGAAAUAAUAUUUAUUUUGAGUUGUAACCCCAGAGUUCAGAUUUCUCCAUUGUAGAUUCAGUAACUUCUUAUGUAACAGGACUGCUCAUUCAAACCACCUGCUUUCCAGUGAGAUUCUGAAUAGAAGAUAUAUUUUUAUUGAAGUGUGUAAGAGAACCCCGGCAGAAAGAAAGAAAAGAACAAAGCCUGCAGGCCAGGAGGCAUGAGGAUUCACGUUUUAACCACACCCAGAGCUGUACGUGCAGCAUUCUUACUCUUGUUCUAACCCAGCAGCAGCGACCUCCAACAGAUCUAUCUGUAAUAGCGCCUUGGGACUGUGGCUGAAACCAGAAGACUCCAGUGUUUCUAUUUAUCUCAAGCUGGGGUGUGGGGAUGAACUGGAACACUCCCGGAGGCAUAAGUUGGCCAAAUUUUGAGACAGAGUAUGGGAGACAAUUCCAGAAAUUAAUUGUAUGUGUGUUUGUCUAAUGAUAUUCAGCCUGGAGUUCUGUGAUUUAAAUAUAUAAUAAUAAAGAAUAUUUUUUUAAUUUGGAAA